AAUUUCUAAUCGGCAAUCUGGAUGCGACUGCUUCAGGCCACAAGUUUUAAUCUCCUGCCUAAUAUGAACUAUGUAAUUAAACGAUGCAGCAACCACAAUGAUUCAUGUGUCUUGUGUGAGGGGCUCUGAUGUUUUCUCGAGGAUAAUAAAGACCGGUUUUCCUUCCUCGCUUUUUGGUAGCCUCCCAAUUUCUGCGCCAAUUCGUUAAAGCAUAUCUCGCCGAAAAAAUAAACGACGUCUCGCAUCCACGGUCCGCCUCAAUGGCCUCUACAAUAAAACCAAAAUCUCGUUUACGUCGAGUGGUCUGCAGCGUCGCACAGAAAUUCUAUCCUCAUCAUCAUGGUAAUGAGAGGUUAGGUCGGAGUGAAAGCGUGGCUGGCUCAGCUAACUCGACUGAACUUCGAGGUAAAGUGGCACUUAUAACAGGUUCAUCCAAAUCUAUUGGGGCCUCCAUAUCCAGGGCACUCGCUGCACAAGGUGCCUCUGUAGUUAUCAAUUAUGCCAAAGACAGCAGAAGUGCAGAGGAAGUUGCACAGCAAAUUAACUUAUCUCUCAACUCCACUUCCGUCUCGUUACCUUUGACCUCUAUUGAUCAUCAAGGCGACGGUGGAAACGAUGUCGAAGUACCUCGACAGCAGCAGCAGGCCAUCGCAGUCAAGGCUGAUUCCUCUACUAUUUCUGGUGGCCACUACUUGCUACAAGAAACACUCCGUAUAUUCGGGCGUUUGGAUAUCCUAGUUUUAAACGCUGGACUCAUGGGGAGCCGAACUUUGAGUGAAAUCGACGAGUCUUUUUUUAAUGCACACUUCGAUUUUAACGUGAAAGCACCGUUAUUUUUGGUGAAGGAAGCAGCGGAAGUCAUGGUGCGACCUGGUGGGCGGAUAAUAUUCCUUUCUACAAGUUUGACUACGGCGAGCAUUCCAUCAGCGUUGCUUCCCAAUGCCCUAUGCUACGUAGCUAGUAAAGGUGCUGUGGAGCAAGUCGCCCGCGUGCUAUCCAAAGAUCUCGGAACUCAAGGCUUCACAGUGAAUACCGUCGCUCUAGGACCAGUGGACACAGCGCUUUUCAGGGCGGGCACAUCGCAGCAUGUCAUUUCAAACAUAGCUGCACAAGUUCCUAGUCAUCGUAUCGCAGAGCCAGACGAUAUUGCACCUAUUGUCGCUUUUUUGGCGAGUCCGGCCGCGCAGUGGGUCAAUGGUCAAACUAUCGGAGUGAAUGGGGGUUAUGUGGUGUAAUUUAUCAGAUUAUCAAGUUCUGCAUCGAAUUACUGUUCGUAGUUUCAAAAUCCAUAUUAUAAUUGCACAAUGAGUGGAAUUUCUACCAAUUCUCGUGAAGGAAGUUCAAAAGUAAAGCUCAUAUAUGGGGUAUUCAAAGUUCUCAACGCCAUAUAUUCAAUGCUCAAAGAUAACCUAUGUAACCGUACUCUCUCCCUUUUCUCCGUGAUAAAUGUUGACCUUCAGAUGGUCAUGAUCAUGACUCGC